AUGUCAUUGGAUUUUCAAUUUACAGAGAGUGACAGUGUUCGAAUUUUCUUCACAAGAUCGUCAUCAGCCAACUUUUAUUAUGCUUCAAAUUAUCAUCAUACUUUCCCUACAACAUCUUCAUCACCCGGCGUUUAUUCAUUUCAUACUUCACAAUUUUCGAUUUCUCCAGUACUUAGCAGUGGAAGUAAACCACCGAAAACAUUUGUUCCAACAGCAUGUGUGUUACCUUCAACUAGUCAUCGUGAUCCCUCACUUAGUGUAUCAUUUUUAACAAUUAAAACUAAAACUUCCAGAGGGUUUUCAAAUCCACAGAAUAAAAAGUCACGACCUUCGCGAUCAAUGAGUGAUUUAAUUGCUAAAUCAUCUUUAAGCAUUCAUCAAUCAAAGGCAAAUGAUAUGACUUCUUUGAAUACCUUGAAUAAACAAACAGGAUACUCUAUUCGUCGAAGAUAUACAACAUACGCUGCGAAUCGUUUCAAUAUUGGUCUAAGACCUGAACCUCUAAAUAGGCCUCUUGCUAAACAAAAUCAGUUCAUUUGA